GUUAUAACAAGAGGCAGAGCCUCACACUUAUUCGUGCAGGUGUAACCUCACUGGAUGCGGCGUCUAUGUGCUUACGAAGAGUGAUAAAGCAUGGCAUCCAAAGCUAUUUACUCGCAUACAGACCCUAUGCUGAAGAAAAGAGAUGACUUUGAGGACAUUCUGGAGGAGAGGAGGAACUCCAGCGACCUUAGAUACGCGCUCAGAUGCUACACUCCCGUUCUCUACAAAGGAGUGUCCCCCUGCAAAGCCGGCACGCUGAAGACCAUGGUGCUCCAGUGCGACCAGCUACGCUACGUCGUCAGUCAGGUGUCGAAAGAGACAGGCAGGGCCUUUGAUGACGUCCAGGAGGAGGCCUCGGCCAUCUUGGAGGAGAUGGCCCACCGCCUGCAGCUCAGCACCGUUCGCUUCUUCGCCUUCACACUCAGCAAAGUCUUUAAAACCUUGUUCAGGAGCAUCUGUGUCAAUGAAGAGGGCAUCCAGAGGCUCCAACAGGCCAUUCAGGAGCACCCGGUAGUCCUACUACCCAGUCACCGCAGCUACAUGGACUUCCUGUUGAUGUCAUACAUCCUGUACACCUACGACCUGGCUCUACCUGUCAUUGCUGCCGGCAUGGAUUUCAUGGGGAUGAAGUUUAUUGGGGAGAUGCUGCGGAUGUCCGGAGCUUUCUUCAUCCGGCGGUCGUUUGGUGGGGACAAGCUGUACUGGGCCGUCUUUUCAGAAUACGUCAAGACCAUGCUUAAGAAUGGAUUUGCUCCAGUUGAAUUUUUCCUAGAAGGGACCAGAAGCCGAACGUGCAAGUCCUUGACUCCAAAGUUAGGUCUGUUAAAUAUAGUGAUGGAUCCGUUCCUUAAAGGGGAAGUGUUCGAUGUUAGCUUGGUCCCGGUCAGUAUCAGCUACGAGAGGAUCUUGGAGGAGGCACUCUAUGCCAGAGAACUGCUGGGUGUACCCAAACCCAAAGAGUCCACUUCAGGUCUGUUUAAGGCCAGGAAGGUCCUCAGUGAAGACUACGGCAGUAUCCAUGUGUACUUUGGUCAGCCGGUGUCCGUCAGAAGUUUAGCCGAGGGCAGAGUUAACCGCUGCCAGUUCAACCUGAUACCAAGACACAUCCCCAACAGGCCUAGUGGGGACAUCCACAGCUUUGUGAAUGACUCGGCCUACAGGCUGGUCCGGGCCCAGGAGGAGAACAUGGUCCUGAAGCCGUGGGUCCUUCUGGCCUCCCUGCUGCUCCAGAACCACCACCAGAGCCGGGCGUCGGGGCAGAACCAGGGGGUGGCCCUGGAUGAGCUGACUGAACAAGCUGUGUGGCUCAGAGAUCUUUCCCGACAGUACGGAGCCUUCCUCCACUGGCCUGACCACAUUCCUCCAUCAGAAGUGGUCUCCUCCAGUCUUUCCCUUCAUCGGGGUCUGGUGAAGAUCUCUGAGGGCAGAGUCCAGCUGGCGUUGGAACAAAGACAAGCGGGGCCAGGGGAGCCUGGCAGCGCUGUUACCCCCGAGGAGGAGCUCUUGAGCCAGGCAGUCAUCUUACUCUCCUCUGCCUCCUACAGGAACCAGGCACUGCACGUCUUCCUCCGACCGGCGCUGCUGGCCUCGGCCAUCCACACCGCCUCCUCCAGCAAGAAACAGGAGGUCUUUAACAGCUUCAGCUUCAUCAGAAACAUGUUCUCCAACGAGUUCAUCCUCUGUCCCGGAGCUACAGUGCAGGACUUUGAGGAGGCCUGUUACCUCCUGGCGAAGACCGGAGCUCUGCAGGUUACCCAGCAGGAGGUUCUGGUGACGGAAAGGGGACAAAGAACACUGGUCUUCCUCACCAGUAUGCUAGAUCCCUUCCUACAAGGAUACCAGGUGGUGUGCAGGUUCCUGUGUGAAGAGGCCACCGAGGCGCUGACAGAAAAACAGUUUAUUCCUGCCGUCCGGAAGUUCAUCAUCAAACAUCUUCUAGCAGGUAGACUGAGAUACACUGAGGUGCUGUCGUCCGACCUCCAGAAGAACGCCCUGGCAGCCCUGCUCAGGCUCGGGGCAGUACGGAAGAUCAAGGGAGCGGAGCCGGGCACUUUAAAGGUCAACAAGGUGAUGGUGAACUCACUGGAAGACACUCUGGGAGGAAAACUCCCCACUCAGAAAGCCGUCGUCGCUCGCCUCUAACUCAGCGCCCGGGGACUGAGAGGGUUCGAGUCUCCGGGUGGUACAGUACGCGUCGGCCCGCCUUAUCACGGAGGAAGUCCAACCAAACUGCUUUCUAUGAGAGGUGGAGCUAAAGCCAUCUGGAGACAGCGCAACCCCUUUUCCUUCCUUUUCCUUUUUCUUUGAUUUCUCUCUCUUCUCCCCUCACCUCCCUUUUCAAAAUGCCUUUUUCUUCGUAAGAAUCUUCUAUUGAAAAUCUUUUAUACACGAACAUAAAAACCAGAUGAAGAGUAAGGUCUUUGAGGGUAUAUCGCUUUUGGCUCUUUCUGAAUAACUAAUCUUUUGUAGCUUUGUGAAACUUCUGAAUGUGCCAACUCCACUCAGGGUAGUGGCCAUUUUCCAUUAAUGCAUUUGACAUGGAUCCUCUCUAACGCACAGCAUGGCUUUUCUCUUUGUGUUAUUCUCACUGUACUCUUUCAUCUAAGCUUCAGUUUGUCUCACCUUAUCUUGAGCACUUUAAUGAAUGAAUUCAUGCAAUGUGGUGUGGACCUGUAUCCUAACUGUCUUUUGGUGCACUGUUUUCUCUUUUUUUCCUCAUUUUUUCAGGGUUAUUUUGUGAAUCUAAAGUUGCUAAAACGGAUGGAUAAGAGAGUUUGAUUCUGGUUUAAAAAAAAUAUAUAUAUAUCAAUUUUUUUUUUUUUUUUUAAUAUAUUUGAGGGGAACUUGCCACAAACGCAAGGCCUACUUCAGAAAUAGCUUGUACCAGGUGUCAUUGUUCGCAGGCCUUUUGCCAACACUCCGUGCCGCACGGACAAGCAGCACGUUCGUCUUUGUUUACACAGUAGAGAUAAUGCUACAAGUCUAAUGGCAGUGUCACGUAGUUGCCAAACUCCGGUUGAGAUUUGCAGUUAGUUCCACUGAAGCACUUCCAGCUACACCAAAGGAAUACGUUUUUGUUGAAUAUUUGUUCACAGGUGGGAAUAAUUUUAAAUGUUUUCUCAUGUACUCAAGUGUAGAAUAGCGAAUGAAGUUGGUUCAUAUUUACCAAGGUUUUUUUCUUGUUUUUGUUUUUUUUGAAGUCAGGAUAAAUGCAAAGGUUGUUUAGUAUUCAACCUUUAUUUAUAUUCAAAGAAGUGAUACACACCUCAUAUGAUUUUGUACAAGGGGAGGAAGAUAAUAAAGGAAAACCGGAGCAGUAACUAACACAGAGACUCUCAGAGGAACAAUGCUAAUAAAAUGUCACUGAGGCAGAAGGAGUGUGAGACGUACCGCGCUCACGGGUAAUUCUUCUUUUAAGACUCAGGAUUACUUACUUAGCCGACACAUUGUUCAGAGGAGUGUAGUUUUUAAUCAAAGUUUCCAAAUUAAAACUGCAGUAGUUUAAAACCCCUUAUAUUGAGGCUAUUUAUUUGGAAGCUCACUAGCAGUGCAGUCCUGUUACCUUGAAAUCCCAUCUCAGUGUCAGCAGGCAGAUCGAGUUUUACUGAUACAAGCCGAGCUGCUCAGGAGGCGGGAAAAAGUCUAAUUGGCUGAGUAAAACCUCACGGCCAAACCGGCCACGGGUUCUCUGGCACUUUACCUGCAGUUUUGAUAAGAAUAUAGGUCCAAUUUUGGUUAACGGACCAUUAUUCCUGCCUUCCAAGUAAGGCAGGGCAGGGUCUGGAAAUUUUUUGACACUGGUGCCAUUGUGAUAAUAACACAAUACAUUUUUGAAAAUUCUUCUCUUUCGGGAACAUGAACAUGUUCCUCUACAAAAACCCCUAUUUCUGUGUAGCGAAAUAAGACAAAUUUCUUGAAUGCGUCAUUUUAAAAUUUGUCUCAACACAAAGCAGCCAUACAAGAGCUCUAACUACUCUGACGAAUUAACAUGUAGUCUAGAAUUUAAAAGGGGAAAACAAAGGUUUCAAUCGGGAAAUGUUUUGAGUACUUGACAACGGUUGUUACUUUUGCUUGGUACUCAAAAGGAUUGAGAUUUGAUAGCGAACCCCACCCCCCACACGGCAGCGUUCACAUGGGAUAACUGGCAAACCUCCCAGAUCCGUCGAAAACUUGCGUUGAAAGCGCCGAAGAUUGUCCUCAAAACUGCAGGAAUCUCAGAAGCCUAACUCCCAACACUUCUGUUAAAAUGUUAAAACCAAUCUGAGCUUUCUGAAGUACUGUGUUUUCAGUAGUUUCACACACCAAUACUCAGUGAACAGGUGUCAUUGAAAUAAAUAAUCAUCUGUUUUUUGUUGAUCAUCCCAAAUGUUCCUGUAAAAACAUAAGCUAAUUAUAUGAGGGGAGGUAGCUAAUACGACUCUGAUGUUCCUCCAACCAACUAUUAAAAAAACAGUAUCCAUACUAAGUUGUUUACCUUGAGGUUUAGCUUAUUUUCUAUUUUGAAACUAGCCAAGCUUUCCUAUGAAGACUUUCACUCCAAAACCAUAAAUUACCACAUAUUUUUAAAAACUGCUACCUCUGUCUUCUUUGAUCGCCAAAAUUUGCUAGAUACUCAACUUGUUCGCUUUUGAAACUCGAAGGACCUGUUCUUAGGCUUCACUCGACACCAUAGCAGCUCUGCAUCUGAGAAAUCUUUGUCGACGCGUCAUCCAAAGUGCAAGUCUACAGUUUGACUGUAUCUGUGGUUAAAUUGUCUUUUUUUUUUUUUUUCAGCAGCUUUUAUAUAAUGUCUAAAUAUUUGACGUGUGUGUGCGUGCGUGUGCGCGCCACAUUCAUGCAAAUAAUUAUGUGUGUGUGUGUUGGGUGACGCCUUUUAGUACUGAGUAUACAGGCUGAUGAAAUACAAGAGCAUGUUAAUAAAGUGU